CUUUACAUUCUUUCCAUCUCUACAGAAAUACUACGCAAAGAAGAGCAAGCAAGACAAAGCAAUGUUUUCCGAAAAGCUCAAGAAAGUCCAAGAUGACGAUGCAGUAAAGAAGAAAGCGCAACAACAACAAGACUCCAUCAUAGAGAUGAUGAAGAUGCAGAUGCGAGACGCACAGGAGCGUGCGGACAAACAGCUGGAAGAAGCGUUAAACAGACCAAAGUCAGCCAGUAGUGUGGCGACAGAUCCUGAGAUAUAUGACCUGAGAGAAGAGGUGGAGAAACUGGAGAAUAAACUGGAUGACAUGAUGAAUCAACUAGAGGACAGGGAAAAUGAGAAUAGACGUUUAGCGACUGAUAUUGAAGAUUUAAAUGAACAACUGAAUGGUGAAAGACGGCAAGUCCAACAGCUGAAGAAAGAGCUCUCUGAUGCUUUGCUGGCUGCUGAGCACGAGAGAAACAACUUCAGAAACGAGCAUAAACUAUCUUCCGAUCAAGCUUCUUCUAACAAGUGUAACGAAGUCAAAACCGUGGACCAAACUACUAUGUUCUUUCUUGUAAGGGUAACAUCACCUCAAAUAAACGUUAAAAUAACUAACUGAUUGAGAUACAGUUAAAGAAUAAAACA